ACCACUCGCCGAUCUACCUAGUGUGUUGUUCAUGUUUGGUGUCUUGGGUCAACAAAACGCCUGUAAUCUGAGUACCGGGAUACCUUGAACACGAUGAUAUCCGGACCAUAGAGAUACUGCGAUCACUGAGUUUGAUCACCAGACAUGACAAAGCAAAAUGGGAGGUUCGCGAUGGUUUUGCGUAUGGCUUUCAUAUUUGCUGCCUUAACAGGAUCUAUCGAAUCAUUUUGCAGGGGCUCUUCAAGAUCAGGUAGCAGUUUUUCGUCUUGUCACGAGUAAAGGACAGAGGAAACAUUUCAAGUCCCCAUGAAGAAUCGAACCUCAGAAAUUCGGAACCUGUUGCUCCGACUGUCUAUUGUUGAGCCACAGAUCCAGAGAUCAGACUCAGUGCUUCUUUUAUCAAGGAAAGCAGCUGGCUGUGAAAUGCAUUCUGGAGCAGGCCUGCCAGCUACUAGGACACCACCAUCAAGCCCCAGUACAUCAAAAUUUUUGUAUCAUCCUCCACCACUCCCGUGUCCUCCAAAAGAGCCUUCCCUCGCCCCUCUAUCUCCCUUUUCAAAUGAAUGCAAAACUGAUUCUCCUUCACUAUCUCCCCCUUUGACUCAAACAAAUGACUCUAAUCUAAACUUUUCUCCACUAACAUAUCCUUUAUCUGGUGAUAGUGUUUCUCCUUCAGAUUAUUCUUGUACUUCCUUUACACCUCUGCUGUUUUCACCUCCUCCCCCCUCUGCAGCACCAUCAGGGAAGUCAUCCUGUCGUAAUGGUUUUCCCUCUUUGCCUUUGCCUCCUUCCCUGUCCCCUCCUCCUCCCCCUCAACCUCCCCGAGCACUCUUAGGAGUAUCUACCUCUGCUUGUCCCCCUCCCCCUCCUCCUCCCCCUCCCCCUCCUCCUCCCCCUCCUCUUGGAAUUAAUACUUCACUGCCAGGCACUCCUGGAGCAGGAAAAGUCUCUACCAUAAGAAAGAAACCUGUCACACCAGUAUCUCCCAUGAAACCACUUUUUUGGAAGCGAAUACAACUCAGUCAGCUACCAAUUAGACUGGAGACUGAGGCCAGUGAAACAGUUUGGGCAACACUUGAAGAACCAACAAUUAAUGUCAGUCACCUUGCUGAAACUUUUGCCAAGGCGGAGAGGAAGACAGAGGGAAAACUUUUAUCCUCUAGAUCCAUGCACAAAGUAAAGCACCAAGUCAUCCACUUACUGGACAACAAGAGAUCACAAUCUGUGGGAAUCUUCCUGAGUAGUCUUCAUGUUAAUAUGGAUGAGAUAAAAGAUGCACUCUACAAUGUGAACACCUCCAUUGUGGAUCAGGAAAGCCUUACCGCACUUUAUGAAAGUAGGCCAACAAAAGAGGAACUUCAAAUGAUAGCUACCUUCUGUCAAAAGAAUUGUGGUGUAAUACUUGACAGACCUGAGCAGUUCUUAAUGGAUUUGUCAAAAAUCAGCUGCUAUGAAGAGCGACUCUACUGUUUGAUGUUAAGAACGGGUGUGACUGACUCUCUCUCAGAAAUUGGGCAGAAACUGACCAACUUUCGAUUGGUUUGUGAGAUGUUGCAGACACGCAAAGAAGUUACCAACAUUUUGGGUUUGGUGCUUGCCUUUGGAAACUACAUGAAUGGGGGAAACAUACCUCGUGGACAAGCAGAUGGUUUUGAAUUGGACAUCCUUCCAAAACUGAAAGAUGUGAAAUGCAAAGACAAUUCCACCAACCUGCUACAUUAUCUUGUAACUGUUUAUAUUGAAAAGUUUGAUAAGUAUGCAGGAACUGUUAAUUCCAAGUUUCCUCUACCAGAACCACAUGAUCUGAAAGCAGCAUCUCAAUUAACAUUUGAGGACAUAGAGGCAGAAAUAAGCAGCUUAAAGAAGCAGUUAGACAUAUGUAAUAGAAAGAUUUCAAAAGUGGUGAAGGAAAGUGAAGAAACUCUCCAUCAACCGUUUAGUAGCAUAAUGAGUUCAUUUCUGGAGCAGAGUCAAGGAGAGCUAUCAGAGCUGGACCAGGCACUCACAGAGUGCAAGAAAAGGUACUCAUCCCUUUGGAGAUAUUUCAGUGCUAAACCUACAGCUGCAUGUAGUCCACCACAAGAAUUCCUUGACAUCUGGGCCAAGUUUAGUUCUGACUUUCUGUUUUUCUGGAAAAAGGAGCAGCAGCUAAUUGCCAAACAAGUUUUUGAAGAAACAAAACGAAAAGUGUACAAAGAAAAAGUGGAAGGAAUAUCUGUGAAGCCAGCAACUAAUAGUGGUUUGAAACUAAAGUUGGCCUCUUCAAGAAAGGCAAAUGCUAACUGAACCAACAAAAUAAAAUUACCAUGUAUAAUAAAUAGUUAUAAAACAAUCAACUAUCAUUCUGAAGGACAUGCCUAAUUAUAUUGGCUGCCUCAGCUAUUAGGAGUUCACAAUUGUGGGUUUUAGAUUAAAAGAAAGGAAAUGUAGUACUUUGAGAAUUGUCUUAGUCUCAUGUAAUCAAAAGUUUCUCAUUAUUUGUGAACACAGCAACAUAAGUGGUGGCAAUUUGGCUGAGGCUACACUGAUGGUAAAAUUAAUAAUUUAUACAUGUAGUAGAGCACCCAAUUAUGACCAUUUCUGUAACAGGAUAACAGGUUAGGCAAAACAGUUUAACCCAAACAUAACCAGGUAUUUUUUUCACAGAGGGAAUUCCAGUUUCUUAGUGAAGGUCUAAUUGUGAGUCUAGUUUAAGCUUAUCUAGUCAACCUUGUAACUAACUGCAUUUAAAACAUGUAUCAAGAUAUCAUAGUGAUGCCAGAUAGGUAAAUUUAUAACUAAUUUAUUGAUUGCUGAGAUUUAUUUAUUAAUAUUUACAUGCUGAAAGUAGUACUUGUAUUUAUUUAUUUAUCUAUUAUUUGUUUUAACAAGUAAUAUAUCCUAGUUAAAAUAAUGGUGUACUCUAUUCAGGACAGUUAUGAUGCAACAUCAAUUCUAGUGGAAACUCCUCUUGCUGUGGGAAAGGAAAGAAGGGGGCUAGGUCGAACUGAAAAAGAACAAAAAUUAGAGAAGUACAGCAAGUAGUUAUGUAUCACCUAAUAAUUCUUGAUUAAUUUUUUGUCCCAAGUGAACUCAGAUAAAAUUGUUAACAUUGGGAACAAUGGAAUACCAGAACAUGCAGCAACAACCUGGAGCACUGCAAAGUAUUGAAAGAAGAGGAAACUUAUGAAGAAGUAGAAUAUAUACAAGAAUUUAUGAAAAAUAAAACUCAAUUUAUGGGGA